UACUGCUUAUGACAUUGUUAUCUAUGAUGGAACACAAUAAAUCAUAAUCUAAUAUAAAUCUCAUUAUUAAUUUUGAUAACAUUUAAAGGAAUAAAAUACCUGUUUAUAAAACAUGGAAAAUAUUUCAUUAGCUUUAUCUAUGGAACACUUCAAUGACAGCAACAACAAUACUGACAACAGUUCGGACAUACCGCCGGAGCCGCCGCUCUACAUUGUCCUCACGUCUACAUUAUUGUAUGUUCUCAUUUUCCUAGUCGGUAUCCUAGGAAAUAUUCUUGUCAUCAUAGUUAUCACGUUCAGCCACUCUAUGAAGACAACUGUAAACAUGUACUUGAUGAACUUAUGUGUCGCUGACAUACUUGUAAUUAUUGUGUGUAUGCCGACAGCACUUGCAGAUAUAUUUACCAAAGAAGUGUGGUAUUUUGGAGAGGCAAUGUGUAAAGCAGUACCCUUUCUGGAGCAUGUAGUGGCUAAUGCGUCAGUGUUGACAAUUCUUGCUAUAAGUAUAGAAAGAUACAGAGUUGUAUGUUAUCCUCUAGAGGUAAGAAAUGAAGAAAUAUUCAGAGUAUGGAAAGUUGUCGCCGUGAUCUGGGUGCUAUCAGUUGGAUUCAGUUUACCUUGGUUGUCUAUUCCAAUUGUUAAGAAUUCACAAUUUUUAGAUGGAACGCCAAUACAGGUAUGCAGAAUCCCUAUCAUCUAUCUGUGGCAGGAAAUAUUCAUCGUAGUACUGGCUUUUCUAUUUUUCCUCCUACCGUGCAUUACUCUGUUUCUGCUAAAUUGCCAUCUUUGCAGGGUACUCAACCAAGCCAGUGAUUAUGAAAUGAAUAUUCAUCAGUCUGGGAAUGAUCGGCGAAAACGCCAAAAUCAAGUGGCAAAUAUUAUUGCAUCAAUAGUCACAGUAUUUUUCAUAUGUCAUCUUCCGUUUCGAAUUGCAGGACUUUGGUUGUCAUUUGCAGACCCUAACACAAUAGGACGUCUUGGGUUAGAGCGUUAUUUAGGGAUUGUGUAUUCUACAAGGAUCUUGUUUUAUUUGAAUCAUGCAUUGAAUCCUGUUGUAUAUAACUUUGUUUCUACAAAGUUCAGAUGCGCUUUGAGGGACCUCUUUGCCAAUACAAUAUGCUCGAGAGUUUGUAAUCUGAUGAUAAGUCAAAAACAAAAGGUUGUCACCGCUACUGCUACAACCAAAUUAACUGUUAGAAAAAACACAAGUCUGAAAGAUCACCAAAACAAUUCGCCAGUACAUGGUCGCACCACUGUAAACGAUAAGGAUAGUGAACAUCUGCUAGACAAAGAAUAUAAACUUAAGAUAAAUUUUGAUGAUAAACGAGUUGCUAUAAAGUUUAAUUUUGUACGCCAAGCAGAGGAGGUAUAAAUCAUAUUCAUUUUGAAUGUAUGUGUCAAUAUCAUCAUUGCAGGAGUUAUUGUUUGUAAUUAUACAUAUAUGUACAUUUAGUGAAUCAUAUAA